AAUCUAGCCAAGCGAACUCAAAGAAACAAAGGGAAAUAACAACAAUAGCAUUAAUAAUAAUCAGGUUGUCGGUGAAGGGUUUGUUCUCUAACCCAAGUGGCAUUUUCUAGAUUGUCUUCUUUUAAAUAUCUUGCACGGCUCAUCGCAAGCAACUCACAAAAUCAUCUCAUCUCCAUAAUAACCCCUCUGACAUUUCCUCCGCAUCUUCUCCCGUAGCACCCCUUUAUUCGCUAUUCGCAUCACAAAUCCUUCAAAAUGGCUGGCCAUUUCAAGACCCCGGUUUACACGCAAAAGUUUCCUAAUCUCCCUCAGUUCUCGGGAUUUAUGAAGCCAUGUCGAUUCCAAGGCGAGGCAUUCAACCUUGAAGUCGAAGGGUCGAUUCCUCCCGAGAUUGACGGCACGUUUUAUCGCGUGAUGCCUGAUCCGCAAUUCGUCCCGUUGAUAGAGAAUGAUCCGUGGUUCAACGGCGAUGGAAAUGUCAGCGCGUUCCGCAUUAAGGACGGGCGCUGCGACUUCAAGCAGCGUUAUGUGCAUACAGAAAAGUUUGUGCGUGAGAGGGAGGCAAAGAGGGCGUUGUCAGGCAAAUACCGAAACAAGUACACGGAUGCCGUCGAGUUCAAAGUCCGCAGCACUGCCAACACCAAUGUUUUCUAUUUCAAUGGCCGCCUGCUGGCAUGCAAGGAGGACUCGCCACCCUACUCCAUGGACCCAGAUACCCUCGAGACCAUCGGGCUCGAGACCUUUAACGGCCAGCUGCCGAGCGUGACUUUUACGGCGCACCCCAAGCUCGAUGCCCAGACUAAAGAGCUCAUCUGCUUCGGCUACGAAGCCCGUGGGGAUGGUACCCCGGACGUUUGCUACUUUACCUUUGACAAAAAGGGCGCCAUUCUCGAAACGGUUUGGCUGAUUGCUCCCGUGGUUGCCAUGAUCCACGACUUUGCUGUCACGGAAAACUGGGUACUAUUCCCAAUUAUUCCCCAGACAUGUGAUCUGGAACGGAUGAAGAACGGCGGGGAGCACUGGCAGUGGGACCCCGAAGUUCCCUUUUACAUUGGCGUUUUGCCGCGGCGUGGAGCAAAGGGGUCGGAUGUCAAGUGGUUCAAAGCGCCAAACGCCUUCCCGGGCCACACCGUAAACGCUUACGAGGAUGAGUCGGGCAAGAUCGUCUUCGACCUGCCCCUGACCAACAAAAACGUCUUCUUCUGGUGGCCCGACGCCCAGGGCAACUCCCCAAACCCCCAGGACAUCGCCGCGAACCUCGUGCGCUUCACCUUCGACCCGCGCUCCUCCGAUCUGGACCUGCCCGAGCCCGAGAUCCUCUGCACGCUGGACUGCGAGUUCCCCCGCAUCGACGACCGCGUCUCCAUGGCCAAGCACACGCGAGCCGUCUUCGACAUGACCGACCCGUCCCUUCCCACCGACAUGCCCGCCAUCCUCCGCGUCUGGGGCGGCGGCCACCCGAUGUACAACUGCAUCGGCCACCUGGAUAUCGCCACCGGCAAGCUGGACCGCUACUUCCCCGGCAGCACGCACCUCGUGCAGGAGCCCGUCGUGAUCCCGAGGUCCAGGGACGCGCCCGAGGGUGACGGCUGGGUCAUGGUCCUGGUCAACAACUACUCUAACAUGUCGAGCGAGCUGCACAUCAUUGACACCAGGGACUUCUCCAAGCCCCAGGCCAUUAUUUACCUGCCAGUCAGACUGAGGGCCGGACUUCACGGGAACUGGGUUGAUGCCGAGGAUAUCAAGGGCUAGAUUUGGGAGCCCGGGGGUCGUAGGACCUGGUCCUUGCUAUCGCUGAAGUUUAUGGCCAUUUUCCUCAAUCUUUUUGCGUGCAUAGUUUUAGCUGAGGCAUUUUAGAGCGACAGAAUACAUAUACGGCAUGUUGACCCC